GUCACGUUCCUCAACAGCGAGCAUUUGAUAAUAAUGAUCUACUCGCAGAGCCAACUCACCUUGUCAGUUGAAGGUACACUAAAUAAACAGGCCGCUCGAUCUACGUCGCGUCAUGUGGAUGAGGUUGCUCAGACUGCGUUCCCGCACGCUCAGGAAAGCAUCCACACUUCCCCACAGGAUGAUGACGCUCGCAACACUGCCAAUAGUCUGACUUCCAGACUCGACGUGGAAGGGUCAGAGCAUCGGGUCAUGCAGAGCACACCCCCGGAGUUGUCUAACUUUGCCAAUGAGAUAGUCUUUGUGCUCCUGUGCUCCAUGGGCCUCUUGCUCUUCGGGGUGUUUCUCGGAGACGUUCUGGUGAAUCAGCUCAUCUUUCCCCGCGCCUUGCGUGUCACCGAAGGCAGUACACCAUGGCUCGUGGGAUCCUUUCUGUUAGCAAAUGGAGUGACUGUGAUCAUCGCCGGGUCGGUGAUCGACCUCCUGGAUCCUAAACUGCCUAUGACACUUGCGUUUGGCUGGCUAGUCAUCUGGAAUCUGGUUUUGGUGUUCAGCAUUCACCCGGGACGUGCGAUCCUGUUCUUCGUCGCUCGAGGCAUGCAGGGAGUGGCUGUGGGGGUACUCCAGGCCUCCUCCAUGAGCCUUUUAGGCCGGCUGUACGCGCCUGGGCUCCGCAAAAACCGAAUCUUCUCCUUGAUGGCUGCCAUGGCUCCCAUCGGGUUCUUGAUCGGCUGCCUCAAGGGCGGUGCGCUGGAGGCCCAUCUGCCCUGGAUCUUUGCCGCCAAUGCCAUCCUCUCUGGCCUCUGCGUCACGGCGUCGAUCUGGUGCAUUCCCGCAUUUGCUCCCGCGAGCAACAGCUCGAUCCUGGAGGACUUCGAUGGCCUCGGGGCCCUGUGCGCUGCAGUAGGCUGUGGACUCGUGAUCUUCGGCCUGACACAGGGCGCCCCCAGCGGCUGGCAGCCCUACACUUAUUCCACCAUUGUUGCCGGGAUGCUCUGCUUUGGGCUGUUUUACCUGGCCGAGCAGCGGGCCGCACGGCCAUUGAUCGACAACCGCCUCUGGACAACUCCCGGGUUCACCCCGCUAGCAAUCUCCUACUUCCUAGGCUAUGGCGCCUACAUCGGCGGCUGGAUGUUCUACGCCGUACGCUUUUUCCUCUCCAUCCAGCAGAAAGCCCCCAUCACGGUCGCACUAUACCUAAUCCCCAACCUGGUCUCCGGCAUCGCAGCUACCUGGGUGGUCUCGCGCACGCUGCACCUCGUUCCCGGUCACUGGCUGCUCGCCGUGGGGAUGAUCGCCUUCACCAUGGGCCCGGUUUUCUUUCUACCCCAGACUGCCACCACCACCUACUGGGCGCUGGCCAUGCCGGGGAUCGCCCUCGUCACCUUCGGGCCUGACCUGACCUUUGCUGCCGCCUCCAUUUUCAUCACCUCGAGCGUGCCGAAAUCCUUCCAGGGUGCCGCGGGGAGCUUGCUGGUGACGAUUCAAAAUCUGUCUGCGGCCAUCGGGACCGCUCUUGCGGAUACUGUUGGGCAGCGUGUGAAUCACGGCGCUGGCUAUGACCUGGAUUUGGGGGCUUUGCGCGCGAUCUGGUGGCUUAGUCUCGGGAUGGCUGUUGUUGCUGCGCUAAUUUGUGCUAUCUUUAUGCAAAUUCCUGCUCUCAACGCAUUGUCACUAGGCUAUGUCAAGUGA